UUGUGUGUUGCUAGAGUCAGUCGGGCCAGCAGCGAGCGAGCUACUGUCGUUCUUUGUAUUGAUUCAGAUUCAGUCGAUGAGUUUCUCUCGCUUCUGCGCGUUGCGUGUUUCGCAGUGUUUCCGCGAUUUUUUCGUUGUCGUCAUCGUUGCCGCGUCUGCGUGAUCGCCUCGCCUCGUCUCGUCAUACACUCUCUCUCUGCUCACCCCCCACACACACACUCUUCGCAAGCUCGACGUGCGGGACUCUGUGCGAUUGUUUUGCGUGCGUGCGUGUGUGUGUGUGUGUGUAUGCACACACAUUUAUAAAUCUUUUAUUUUCUCAACAUAUAAUGUGAAGUGCGAACGGCAAAAGAAAAAAGAAAAGAAAAAGUGAUUUGAAACACGGUAACAAGUGGAACGCGUACAAGCGCUGUGGGGCGUUAUCAAUGCUGAUAAGAGCAAGUAAAACACAACAGUGAAAACAGUUAACAUCGGCUAAAAUAGCAAUAGUUAAACGUUCGUUCAUUCGUGUAUGUUGCUGUGACAUCAGCAUCCCAUUAACAAUUGCAUACAGACAUACAUACCGGUAUACAGACGUACGUACGUACAUACAUAUAUACAUAUAUACAUAGGUACUUACAGUAAAAAGCUGGCUGCAUGAAAAACAUCACCAGCUCAAGCACUUGCGGCACGGGGCUGCUGCAAUUGCAGAACAAUCUCAGCAACAGCGAAUUGGACGUCGCUGUUGUUGGCAAACCAGAAGCAGUUGGACCCGGCACCAUACCAUCUCCGUGGCCACCAGUGAAUGCCGGUCCUCCUGGUCCCCUGGGAUCGGCAGACACAAAUGGCAGCAUGGUGGACAGUAAAAACUUGGAUGUUGGCGAUAUGAGCGAUGACGAAAAAGAUUUAUCAUCCGCUGAUGCCGAAGGUGUCUGGAGUCCGGACAUUGAGCAAAGCUUUCAAGAGGCACUGUCAAUAUAUCCACCAUGUGGACGCAGAAAGAUUAUAUUAUCCGAUGAGGGUAAAAUGUAUGGGCGCAACGAGCUAAUCGCGCGUUACAUCAAACUGCGCACGGGCAAGACGAGAACCCGUAAACAAGUCAGCUCCCAUAUCCAAGUGCUCGCCAGACGGAAACUCCGUGAAAUUCAAGCCAAAAUCAAAGUCCAAUUUUGGCAACCCGGCCUGCAGCCGAGCACAUCGCAAGAUUUUUAUGAUUACAGCAUCAAGCCGUUCGCCCAGCCGCCCUAUACGCCCGGCAAGCCAUCGACGGCGGUGUCCGGCGAAAUCGAGGCUGGUAUUCCGCCCGCACAAUUGCCAUGGGAGGGACGCGCGAUUGCCACACAGAAAUUCCGCUUGCUCGAGUUUACGGCCUUCAUGGAAAUCCAAAGAGAUGAGAUCUAUCACCGACAUCUAUUCGUACAACUGGGCGGUAAGCCAUCCUUCUCCGAUCCGCUGCUUGAGACUGUUGACAUACGACAAAUAUUCGACAAGUUUCCGGAGAAAUCCGGCGGUCUCAAGGAGCUUUACGAGCAGGGUCCACAGAAUGCGUUCUACCUGGUUAAAUGUUGGGCGGAUCUCAACACGGACGUUACGACGGGCAGCGAAACGGGUGAUUUCUAUGGCGUAACCAGCCAAUAUGAAAGCAAUGAGAACAUUGAGCUCGUCUGCUCGACAAUCGUCUGCUCGUUCGGCAAACAGGUGGUGGAGAAGGUGGAGCACGAGUAUUCGCGCCUGGAGCACAAUCGCUACGUUUAUCGGAUUCAGCGCUCGCCGAUGUGCGAAUACAUGAUCAAUUUCAUACAGAAGCUGAAGAACCUACCUGAACGCUAUAUGAUGAACAGUGUGCUCGAGAAUUUUACAAUAUUGCAGGUGAUGCGAGCGCAGGAAACGAAGGAGACACUGCUAUGCAUAGCGUAUGUGUUUGAGGUGGCGGCGCAGAAUAGCGGCACCACGCACCACAUCUAUCGCCUUAUAAAGGAAUAGCAUGAGCUGCAUGAAGCA